AUGUCUCGGUCAAACGGUAUUUUAUCCCCAGUACAAAAUAACUUUAAUGAAAAAUCCUAUCUAUCAAGCUAUCGAAUCAAAAAGAGUCAUAAUGGCAUUAAGUUCGUCCUAGGUACUAGAACUAUUUUCUCGGUCCCUUUUUGCGAAAAAAUUUCUAUUAAGAAAAGUGAUAUCUCCGUAAAAUUGUUAACCAUCGAUCUCCUCAAGGAGUAUAUCUGGGAAUGGAAAAAUAAUAUUCUUAAAGACCUUACUAACAACGCUUCCAAAUUCGAUCUUUGGCAUGUUAAUGUCGACGAAGUUGUUGAUUUUUCUACCGAAGAAGAUGUUUUUCGUCGAUACACAUCAUUCCUGACGGGGUUAAAAUUGAAAUUAAAAAUAAAGACCUUUCCACACGUAAAUGCUUUUUCAAUUGACCAUCUUGUUGACGCACUCGCCUUGAUUUGGCACGUUGAGGUGGAAAGUGACUCUCCAGGCCCACAAAAUGACCCGUAUAUUGAACUGAAGCAGGAACCCUCUUUUUUUCAAAAUAAAUUUGCCCCGUGGUAUAACUAA